UGGUUUGGGGAGUGUAGAGGAGAGUUGGUAGGCUGCUGAGGUUGGGGAAUCAGAUUUUCGUGAGCCAUGGUGGUGGCUGCCUGGGAGAGGAACAAGGGAACUUUGCAGAGUGGGCUCUCUGAUAGAGAAUGACCUCUUACUGCGGAGGAGUGGGUGACUCAGAUCUGUUAGAAUUCCUGCCUCUUGAUAGUGGAUGUGGCUGACUAGGUUGGUGCUGGGCAGUGCAAUGGAUGGGCCCGAAAGGGGCGUUUGGGGGCUGAAUGAAUUUGUUCCUGAGCCGAAGACAGUGUAGACAGUUCCUUUUUACUCCAAGUCAGAAUGCCACCUGUCACUGACAAUAUUUUAAAUAAAGAAUUCUUUGUGAUAUCUGGAUGCAAAGCUUUCCUCUACAUUUCUUUUUUUCUACUUUGUUUUUGAAUUAUGACUCAUUCUUCUUUUCUGCACCAUGGCUAUUGUUUGCGAUGAUAGACGAACACCAUAAAACAUGUAAAUUCUAGGGAUUUUCCGUCUAAUUCUAUGACUCUAAAUUGAUUUAAAAGCCUGUUUUCACUAACCUGUGUGUCGUUGGUUAAUAUGUGCCAGUGUCCAAAACUGGUUGCUGUCCAGUUGAUGUCGAAUCAUAGCAACCCUAUAGGACAGAGUAGAACUGUCCCCAUAGGAUUUCCAAGGAGCAGCUGGUGGAUUUGAACUGCUGACGUUUUGGUUAGCGGCCCCACACUUAACCACGGUGCCACCAGGGCUCCAUGUGCAAGUCUAGAGAAUGAUAAAAACCUUAACAGUUUAUGUUGUUAUAAGUUCUUUACAUCUCUAAAUCUGUGAAACUUCAUUUUCUCCUCAUGCUAGGAAGUGAUUAUCUUGAGUCUGUUGAAUCUUAGUGACUGUCAUUUCAGCGCCCCUAGUUAGCACUUACAGGACAUUUUCUUCACCAGAAGUCUUAACUGUCUUCAAUGAAUUUGUCUGUGUACUGUUUUCCUGUGACAAUCUGAAUCAUUGAAAGGCAGCAUGGAAACUCCAGCUCAGGCCUGCAGCUGUGCGCCAGAGUUCUGUAUGUAUUAUUCAGGCAAAAGUUGGUGUGUUGUCUGGAGAUGAGAUAUUAAAGGGAGCCCCACAUGAAGAAAAACUGUCAGAAUCAUUGUGCCUUCUGAGUUUGUUUAGCAUGGUAGGAGGCACUGCCUAAUUGUAGUCUGGUAGGAAUUUUCAGGUGAGAAAUGAGAGGAGUUCUGACUACUUGUACUGAUCAUUCUAGUUAUUCUAGGAAUUGUUUUAUUUUAUUUUUCUCAAUCUUUAGGAAAAAAAAAUUUACCUAGUUCCCUUGGAUAGUGUUUUCUUUUCUCUCUCUUGCUCUUAAAAUUUUCUAUUCUAAGUCAUUCGUUCUUUCAGAAAUGAACAUCUAUUGAAUUAUGCCAGGCACUGUGCUGGGUGACCCCACAUGGUGUUGGUGUUUUUGGUAUUUUAAUCGUGGUAGUUCUUAGUUAAGAGGUGGCUAUAGUAUGAAGAAAGAAGUGAUUCAGGAAUAUCAAGCUUUUAAUCUAAACCGUUGAAUAAUUUUUUUGUUUGUUUAAGUAUUCGUUAGUGACAAUUGAUUACAGGUGUCUAUGGGAAGAGUUUUUUAAAUUUUAUUUAUGGGAAAAGUUUAGCUACAACUGUGUGUUCACAUUGGUAUGGGAUUGUUUUUGCAUUAUUUUAAUUAAGCACCACCUGUUAACUUUAAUGUGUACUCCUGUAGACAAACUACAAGGUAAAACAUUUUGCUUCUAUUUGUGUCCGGAUGAGCAGUGACUUACAAAUACUGUAUGUGUGCUCAGAUUCCCCAGGAAGCUACCACUCUUCCCUUCCCACAGUGGUUUUCGGAGCAUGAAGGCAUUAUUUAUCCCCUUUGUCUGGUUCACUGUGGCUGCUGAUGGCUUGGAGUGCUGGCCCCAUGGGCAGGGGGAAUAAGAUUGAGGACCCCUACAGUGGACCAUGAGUUGGUAAUGCCCACUGAGGACCUCUGGGAGCCAUGUCAGACGAAUCCGCCUCAGGGAGCGAUCCAGACCUGGACCCGGACGUGGAGCUGGAGGAUGCGGAAGAGGAGGAGGAGGAGGAGGAGGUGGCAGUGGAGGAGCACGACAGGGAUGAUGAGGAAGAUUUGUUGGAUGAUCUCUACUGGAGAGACAAGAGACCCUUGGAAGUAAAAUUGGAAGGGGAGCUCCUGAAAGAGUGGCUAGCGCAUUGUCAUUUGAGUCCUUUGACAGAGCCUGAAAGGAAGGGCUCUGCCCCCAGGAAACUGGCUGUAGGUUGCCAGGUGCCACAGGCAACAUGUUGCUGGAUGAGCUGCAGCCGUUUCACAGACCCAUCCCUGGAAGGCAUGUGUGGCACUGAGUGUGCCCAGCUGGGGGAAGAUGGGCAGCAGCCGCCACGGUGCACUUCAACUACCUCAUCUCAGUCUGAGCCUCCGGAGCUGCUCAGGCGCCACCAAGGCAAGAGCCUAGCCUCUGAGGACCCCAAGAAGAAGAGAGCUCAGAAGCCCUCCCACAUGAGGAGAAACAUACGAAAGCUGCUCCGGGAGGAUCAAUUGGAGCCAGUUACCAAAGCAGCACAGCAGGAAGAGUUGGAAAGAAGGAAACGCCUGGAGCAGCAGAGGAAAGAUUACGCAGCCCCCAUUCCCACCGUUCCCCUGGAGUUCCUCCCUGAAGAAAUUGUCAUAAGAGCAAGUGAUGGUCCCCAGCUGCCUCCUCGGGUCUUGGCCCAGGAAGUCAUUUGUUUGGACAGUAGCAGUGGCAGUGAGGAUGAAAAAAGCAGUCGAGAUGAGGUGAUUGAGCUGAGCUCUGGAGAUGAGGACACACUGCACAUUGUGGACAGCAGUGAGUCUGUCAGUGAGGAGGAUGAGGAAGAGGAGAAGGGUGGCACCCAUGUGAACGAUGUCUUAAACCAGCGUGAUGCUCUGGGCAGGGUCCUUGUCAAUUUGAACCACCCUCCAGAGGAGGAGAAUGUCUUCCUGGCCCCACAGUUGGCACGGGCAGUGAAGCCUCAUCAGAUUGGUGGAAUUCGGUUCCUGUAUGAUAACCUCGUGGAGUCCCUGGAGAGAUUUAAGACCAGCAGUGGCUUUGGCUGUAUCCUAGCCCACAGCAUGGGUCUAGGGAAAACUUUGCAGGUGAUCUCUUUCAUCGAUGUCCUCUUCCGCCACACGCCAGCCAAAACAGUCCUUGCCAUUGUGCCGGUGAAUACUCUUCAGAAUUGGCUGGCAGAGUUCAACAUGUGGCUUCCAGCUCCUGAAGCCCUUCCAGCUGACAACAAGCCUGAGGAAGUUCAGCCCCGGUUCUUUAAAGUCCACAUCUUGAAUGAUGAGCACAAGACAAUGGCAGCUCGUGCUAAAGUGAUGGCUGAUUGGGUGUCAGAGGGUGGGGUGCUGCUGAUGGGGUAUGAAAUGUACAGACUCCUCACCCUGAAGAAAUCCUUUGCCACAGGUAGACCGAAGAAAACCAAGAAACGUUCUCACCCGGUCAUCAUUGAUCUGGAUGAGGAAGAUCGGCAGCAGGAGUUUCGGAGAGAGUUUGAGAAGGCCUUAUGUCGCCCUGGCCCUGAUGUGGUGAUCUGUGACGAGGGACACCGCAUCAAAAACUGCCAGGCCAGCACCUCGCAGGCCCUGAAGAACAUUCGCUCUCGCCGCCGGGUGGUACUGACUGGGUACCCCCUGCAGAACAACCUCAUUGAGUACUGGUGCAUGGUGGAUUUUGUGCGCCCAGACUUCCUUGGAACCCGGCAGGAGUUCAGCAACAUGUUUGAACGCCCCAUCCUGAAUGGACAAUGUAUUGACAGUACACCUCAGGACGUCCGUCUCAUGCGGUACAGGAGCCAUGUCCUGCAUAGCCUUUUGGAGGGCUUUGUGCAGCGGAGAGGCCACACUGUGUUGAAGAUUCAUCUCCCUGCCAAGGAAGAAAAUGUGAUCCUGGUGCGGCUCUCCAAGAUCCAGCGAGACUUGUACACACAAUUCAUGGACCGGUUCCGGGACUGUGGUAGCAGUGGCUGGCUGGGGCUGAACCCCCUUAAGGCUUUCUGUGUGUGCUGCAAGAUCUGGAAUCACCCUGAUGUGCUUUACGAAGCCCUUCAGAAGGAGAGCCUGGCCAACGAGCAGGACCUAGAUGUGGAAGAGCUUGGCUCAGCAGGGACCAGCACCCGCUGCCCAUCACAGGGGACAAAAAACAAGGGGGAGGACAGUGCCUUGGCCUCUUCAAUGGGAGAGGCAACCAAUAGCAAGUUCCUACAGGGGGUCGGCUUCAGUCCUUUCCAGGAGCGAGGCAACAACAUUGUCACGUAUGAAUGGGCCAAGGACCUUCUGACAAAUUACCAGACUGGAGUCUUAGAGAAUUCUCCCAAGAUGGUAUUGCUUUUCCACUUGAUUGAGGAAAGUGUGAAGCUUGGAGACAAGAUCCUGGUGUUCAGCCAGAGCCUUUCCACUUUGGCUCUCAUUGAGGAGUUCCUUGGGAAACGAGAAGUACCCUAUCUGCCUGGUGCUGAGGGGCAAGGAGCACAGAAGUGGGUUCGAAACGUCAGCUACUUCCGGUUAGAUGGUAGCACCCCUGCCUUUGAGAGGGAGCGACUCAUUAAUCAGUUCAAUGAUCCCAGCAACCUCACCACCUGGUUGUUCCUUCUCUCCACUAGGGCUGGAUGCUUGGGUGUGAAUCUUAUCGGUGCCAAUCGAGUGGUGGUGUUUGAUGCUUCCUGGAACCCUUGCCAUGAUGCCCAGGCAGUGUGUCGGGUAUACCGUUAUGGCCAGAAAAAGCCCUGUCACAUCUAUCGUCUUGUGGCUGACUUUACCCUCGAAAAGAAGAUCUAUGACCGUCAGAUUUCCAAGCAGGGCAUGUCAGACCGGGUAGUGGAUGAUUUGAAUCCAAUGCUGAACUUCACCCGGAAGGAGGUGGAGAACCUACUACACUUUGUUGAGAAGGAGCCAGCACCCCAAUCAUCCUUGAACAUAAAGGGGAUCAAGGAGUCAGUCCUGCAGCUUGCCUGUCUCAAGUACCCUCACCUCAUCACCAAGGAGCCUUUCGAGCAUGAGUCAUUGCUUCUUAACCGAAAGGAUCACAAGCUGACCAAGGCCGAGAAAAAAGCAGCCAAGAAAAGCUAUGAGGAAGACAAACGCACGUCUGUCCCCUACACCCGCCCAUCAUACGCACAGUAUUACCCCGCCAGUGACCAGAGCCUGACCAGCAUCCCUGCUUUCAGUCAAAGAAACUGGCAACCAGCACUGAAGAGUGAUGAAAAGCCUGUGGCCAGUGUGCGUCCUGUGCAGUCCACCCCCAUCCCCAUGAUGCCUCGGCAUGUCCCACUGGGAGGCAGUGUAAGCUCUGCCUCCAGCACAAAUCCAGCUAUGAACUUCCCGAUCAACUACCUGCAACGUGCGGGAGUCCUCGUGCAGAAGGUGGUCACCACAACAGAUAUUGUUAUUCCCGGACUAAACAGCUCCACAGAUGUACAGGCAAGGAUUAAUGCUGGUGAGAGUAUCCACAUCAUACGUGGGACGAAAGGGACGUAUAUUCGCACCAGUGAUGGGCGGAUCUUUGCUGUCCGGGCCACUGGCAAACCAAAAGCCCCUGAAGAUGGUCGGACAGCUGCCUCAGGUUCUCAGGGGCCUUCUCGUGAUUCCACAAGCAACGGCAGACACAGUGCCUCAUCACCCAAAGCCCCAGACCCUGAGGGGCUGGCCAGGCCCGUCUCUCCUGACAGCCCAGAGAUCAUCAGUGAGCUCCAGCAGUAUGCAGAUGUGGCUGCUGCCCGGGAAUCCUGUCAGAGCUCCCCCGGCACCAAUGCCACCCUGCCUGGCCCCCCAGCCCAAUUGGUGGACAAUAGCGCUGGUCCGGGGACAGCUCUUGGGACUGAGCCUCGACUUGGGGGUCAUUGCCUCAAUAGUUCCCUCCUGAUGACUGGCCAGCCCUGUGGUGACAGGCACUCAGUCCUGGACUUAAGGGGCCACAAACGAAAGUUGGCCACACCACCUGCUGCCCAGGAGUCAGUCCGCCGACGAUCCAGGAAGGGCCAUCUGCCAGCCCCCGUGCAGCCGUAUGAACACGGGUAUCCAGUUUCUGGCGGGUUUGCCAUGCCACCCGUCUCCUUAAACCAUAACCUCACCCCCCCCUUCACGUCCCAGGCUGGGGAGAACUCCCUAUUUAUGGGCAGUUCUCCCUCCUACUACCAGCUGUCCAAUUUGCUGGCAGAUGCUCGCCUGGUGUUUCCAGUGACUACUGACCCUCUGGUGCCAGCAGGCCCCGUCAGUUCCUCUUCCACGGCUACCUCAGUCACUGCCAGCACCCCCUCCUUCAUGCUCAACCCCUCUGUGCCAGGGAUACUACCCAGCUACUCACUCCCAUUCUCACAGCCACUCCUUUCCGAGCCCAGGAUGUUUGCGCCUUUUCCUUCCCCUGUCUUGCCCAGCAGUCUUUCGCGGGGCAUGUCUGUCUACCCAGGCUAUAUGUCCCCACAUGCAGGCUACUCAGCUGGUGGCCUCCUUCGGUCCCAGGUGCCUCCGUUUGAUUCUCAUGAGGUUGCCGAGGUGGGGUUCAGCUCCAAUGACGAUGAGGAUAAGGACGAUGACGUGAUAGAGGUCACUGGGAAAUAGCUGAGGAGCCCCUCCCCACCUUACUCGGGGUCCUCAGCAGGUUGCCCAUCAAACUGGAAGGCAGUGAUCUGGGCUCUGCGCUCUGAGAAUAGGGUACUUGGCAGGAGGGAAAAGGGAAAAAAGGAAGAGGACAAAGAAGAGUGGUUGACCAUAGUAGCAGUACUCUGUUGCUGUUUAACAAAAGAGGCAAAAACCCAACAGAGCAGCAAUAGCAGGGAAACAGGGACCCAAAUAGUGACGGGGGGGGGGGCAGGGCAGCCUGCCUCUCUUCCUGCCUGCCUUGCUUACGCUCUCUGCUUGCUUGCUUGCUCAUCUGAGUGUAGAGACCCACAUCCCAUUUCUGUCUUUGGAAUCAUUCUCUCCCGAGAGAUCUGCCUUACUGGGUGACUUAGCUUGGCCUGGG